AUGACACAAAUUGAUCUUCAAUCAUUUGGAUUUAUUAUUGGAACAAUAAUAACUGUGGUUGUUAAUUUAGAAAAUGCACUUGAAAUUUGGUAUUGGACUAAAUUCUAUCAUGGAGCAUUAUGGAUUACAAUUAUUGUAUAUUUUCUUUUCCAUGUGGCAGCUUAUUCAACAAUUGUUUCAAAAAUUUUUCGAAUCAAUUAUAAUUAUGUGGGCGUUGCACAGGCUGUUUUAUUGAGUGGACGUUUUUGGCUUAUACUUGUACUUAAUUGUACAAUACUUUUAUUACCUGUUUAUUGUCGAGAAUUUUAUCGAAUGCGAUUUCAACCAAAUGAAAUUGAUAAAGCAAGAAUCAAUCAAAAAUAUCGUCAUGAAGAAAAAGCAGAAUUUCUAACUGAUAUUCGUCAAAAAGUUCAUUUAAAAAAACAUCUUGCUCGAUCAAGUUAUGCAUUUGCACAAGAAAAAGGUUGGGGACCAUUGAUAACAUCAGGUAGAAUGCAAAUUAGACCUAAUCCAUAUUCACGAACUUCACAUGAUCUUGGUAAAAAAAAAUUUAAUUCUCUCAAGAACGCACCAUUUUCAAUUGAUGUUCCUACAAGCAAUCUUAAUGACUGGUCAUCUCGACAUACGUUGCCUAAUUCAACAACAACAAUCGCCUCUAUUUCUUGUACUGAUCCAAAAUCUAUAUCGUUAUCUUCAUCAAUAAUUGCUAGUGAUUUAAUGCUGGCACAAGGAACACCAACAUUAAAUUCUAUUUCGAAUAUCAAUGUACGUAAACCACCAGUUAUUGACUCAUUUUCAUCACCAUGA